AUGUCACAAGUUAUUAAUUUCAGCUUGAGGCGACUACUGCCGAUUUCAAGAACGGCUUAUAUUUGUGUCAAAAAUACUUUUGCCUUUAAUGCCCGUUCGCAAAGCUCGAAAGUAACCAGCAAAUCUAAAGUUGAUGAUGUUCUUAAUAAUUUAACCGACUGGGAGACCUUGAGUAAGAAGAAAAAGAUCAGCAAAGCCAUGAAAGCUUACUUAGAACGAGCUAGAGAGCACGAUGAGUUCAUGAAGAAGCAACAUCUUGAAUUUAAUAUUGGGAUGCGGCAUCUUGCAAAUAUGAUGGGAGAAGACCCUGAAACGUUUACACAGAAAGAUGUAGAUCGUGCUAUUGAGUAUUUAUUUCCUAGUGGUAUCUACGACCCUGCUGCCCGUCCACUCAUGAAGCCUCCAGAGGAAGUGUUUCCAGCUCGUAAAGCAGCUGAAUUUGAUGAAGCUGGUCGUCCACAUCAUUUCCUAUUUUACACUGGAAAACCAAACUUCUUUAAACUGUUAUUUGAUGCUGUUGACAAUAUACAACAACUAUACAACUUUGAGGAUAAAGUGAUUAGAAAAAAGGCAACUCCUGAUCCUAAUGGAUCUGUCAACCUAGGCAAUAGCCACUGGCUGACUAAAGAACAACUUGAACAAACCUUGGUUGAAAAAAUCACAGAUCUAGAAUAUGACAAUUUCAAAGUAGUCAUGGAAAGACUUGUGUCUUUGCCUUAUUCCUAUAGACACAAAGAUUUUAUUGAGAAGUAUAGAAAACCACUUGCUGCUCAAAGGUUUGCUUUGGAAAUCCCAAAGCCUAGUUAUGAUGAUGAAGGCAGGGCUUUUGUCACGACAUAUGAAUGUUUGAGAAAGAAAGCUAGAGGAGAUGUGACAAUAAAGUCACCUGGCACUGGUAAGAUAAUUAUAAAUGGCCAAGACAUCACAUAUUUUGAUGAUAUACAGUCUAGGGAACAGGUGUUGUUCCCACUUAUAUUUACUGGGAUGCAGAAUGUUGUAGAUGUGAUAUGCAAUAUUGAGGGAGGUGGGCCAUCGGGACAGUCAGGAGCUAUUAGGUGGGGUAUAGCCUGGGGCCUGAGAAGUUUUGUGGACAAGGAGAUGUUACAGAAAAUGCAAGUGGCUGGAUUGUUGACCAGAGACCACCGUCGUCGUGAGCGUAAGAAGCCAGGGCAACCUGGUGCUAGAAAGAAACCUACUUGGAAGAGGAGAUAAUUUUGUAAUUUUUGUAACAGGUUUAACAAUAAAUAGUCAG